CUGGAAUAUCUUCUGAAAAAAAAAAAAUGGGAGAUAUUGCAUCUGCCGCUGACAGGCAAGCCCACCGCAACUCCAUUUGAAUCUGUUGUAUAUACAACGUUACAGGCGUCAAUCUCGCUUAGUCGCAGAAGCAGCAUAUUUUUUCACAAACAUGCUCUCCGCAGAGUCCUUCAUCUUGAACAUUGAUGCAAAAGCUCUUUCAAUGGAUGAUAUUGAGUUCGAGAAAAAUAUGGAAUCUGCUCGAGCACUUCUUUCUGGCCUUUCAGCAGAAUCGGAUGAUUUGCCCACUCAAAGUUAUCAGAAUGUUGAACAUGUUCCUAGAAUGGAACCUACUAUACCCAAACAACAAGCUUUGAACUCUAAGAAACAUCAGGUCCCAGCAAUGCAGCCUCAGUUCUCACCCGAAUCAUCUGGAACUAAACCUGGGAAUGAGGAGCAAUAUGCGAAAGAUCAAACAUCAAUAAACAAAAUUCUGUCAAUCUCAGAUCUGGAGAAUAGAGGGGCAACUAUACUUAUGAAUGAAGAUAAGGUGAAUCAAGUGUUUCAAGAUUUCCCAUAUUUGUAUUCCCAAACUGGUGAUCUGACAAUUAGUGAUGUAGAAGACCUGCUAAAUUACUACAAGCAACUUGCCUUCAAGUACAUUUGUAUUUCUAAAGGAUUGGGUGUUGCAACUCCAUCUCCUGCCCGGUCCAUAUCACAAAGCCAAACUCAACAUCAUGCUGAAACAGUGGAGGAACCUGGAGUUACCCCAGCAGUUGAGUCACAUCAUGCCGAAACUGUGAACGAAUCCGAAGUCAACCAAGAAGCAGACUCAAGUAAUGAGAUGCAUAAAAACAUUGGUGACACAGAAGAUGAUUCGAAUGGAGUUUCAUUGCUGGGGUUAGAAUAUUCUGAUUCCACAUUGCCACAGGAUGAAGCUGUGAAGGAAUCUGCUGCAUCUCAAGGUGAGAAAAAUGAUGAGAUUCUCCUUAGAUAGUCUAUACAUACAUUUCAUGUAAGCUUAUUUAAUUUUUGAAUGCGGGUGGAUAUUAGAGCUUGUUCCUUUACCUUCGAGUGAGUAAGUAACCACAAUUCCUGUUGUAGGUAGCAAUGAGAACCUAUUUUUUGUUGCGGUUCUUUUUAGAAACAUGUGGUAAAACAUGGUGAACAGUGAAAUUGGAAUGAAAUGAUAAAUUUUAAUGAAG